ACAGUUUUGACUUUUCCAUCAUCAUAAAACACACGUAGAGUUUUGCUUGUUCCUCAUCUGAAAGUGAAAAAAAAAACUCAAUUUACAUCAAAUUGUUGUAUUUUUUGUAUUAAUUUUCACUCAACACAAUUGAGGUUGGCCGGUACUUUUGUUUUCUCGUUGAAUACAGUCAGCCAAAACCUCACAUAAAAAAUGACACCGAAUUUUAAACAAAAACAUUCAAUCGACGAUUUAGUUCAUUAUGUCACGCUGCAUAAAAUCUUACCACUUGCUCUACGGGCCAUCGUUUGGCCAUUCGUUGUGUUCUACUUAAUUUGUUUGGGAUUUAUUUAUCAAACGGAUCCGGAAAACUAUGAAAUCGGACUCAUAGCGUUAGCUAUCGUGGGAUGUUUCCACAUAUUGACCGUAUUAUGUUGUUAUUGGAGUGUUCAUAUAGCAGCCUUUCUGAAUUGCCGAAAGGUGAAAUUUGAGUUACCACAGCAAAAUGUUUUUGCAAAAGUUGUGCCGAUGCCAAAUAAUGGGUCUCCGGAAAUGGUCCAGAUUUAUAGUACGCAGUUGAAUAAUGCGGAACAACAAGUGAUCUCAUGGUUUGUUUUCCAAAAAAUCAAAUACGUUUGGGAUGCGAACAAGAAAACAUUUCGUGGCAUUGAUUUUCCGAUUAAUAAAACAUAUGGCGAGUAUAUGAAUAGCAAAGGACACCAAAGUGAGGAAACUGUUGAAUUGGCCAAUAAACGAUAUGGUAACAAUCAAAUGGAAAUGGUUGUGCCAGAAUUCAUGGCAUUAUUUAUUGAACGUGCCACUGCUCCGUUCUUCGUAUUUCAAAUAUUUUCCGUGGGUUUAUGGUGUUUAGAUCAAUACGUGUACUAUUCGCUGUUCACAUUGUUUAUGCUGGUAAUAUUCGAGUGUACUCUAGUCCAACAACAGCUCCGAAAUAUGGCGGAAAUUCGAAAAAUGGGCAACAAACCAAGUUUAAUCAAUGUGUAUCGCAAUAAUAAAUGGCGUCAAAUCAUGUCCGAUCAAUUAACACCUGGUGAUUUGAUAUCGGUAGGGCGAAGUAAGAAUGAUACAUUUGUACCGUGUGACGUUGUGCUGCUGCGUGGCAGUUGUAUCGUUGACGAGAGUAUGUUGACGGGUGAAUCUGUGCCACAAAUUAAAGAAUCACUUGAAGCAACCGACGAAAUCCAACGUGAACUUGACCCAGAAAGUGAUGGAAAAUUGUUUGUUUUAUUUGGCGGCACAAAAGUCGUUCAGCACACACCACCAACAAAGGUAUCACUUCGAGCACCUGACGACGGUUGUAUUGCUUAUGUUAUUCGUACCGGAUUUAAUACAUCACAAGGAAAACUAUUACGGACCAUUUUGUUCGGUGUAAAACGGGUCACCGAAAAUAAUUCCGAAACAUUUGCAUUUAUUUUAUUCCUUUUAAUAUUUGCACUUAGUGCAGCCAGCUAUGUAUGGAUUAAGGGAACAGAGGAUUUAGAACGUAGCCGUUAUAAAUUGUUCUUGGAAUGUACACUUAUUUUAACAUCAAUCAUUCCGCCAGAUUUGCCAAUCGAAUUGUCACUGGCAGUGAAUACGUCAUUGAUAAAAUUGGCCAAACUGUAUGUGUUUUGUACAGAACCAUUCCGGAUUCCACUAGCUGGCAAAGUACAAAUUUGCUGCUUUGAUAAAACGGGAACGUUAACGAGUGAUGACCUUUUGGUUGAAGGAAUUGCUGGUUUGAGUGACUCCACGUCGGACAUUGUUAGUAUCGCUGAUGCAAGCGAAAAGACGGUUAGCGUUCUUGCAACAUGCCAUUCACUUGCUCAGCUUGAUGAUGGUUUGGUUGGUGAUCCGCUGGAAAAGGCCACAUUAACAGCGAUCGAUUGGAAUUUAACCAAACAGGAUUCGGUCAUUCCGAAAAAAGCCAAAUUUAAAGCCAUGAAAAUCUAUCAACGAUUCUAUUUUUCAUCAGCACUGAAACGAAUGUCUGUGCUGGCUGGUUAUUUAGUUCAGUUCACCAAUGAAGUUAAUUAUAUUGGUACUGUGAAGGGGGCACCUGAAGUUGUUAUGAAGAUGCUGAAAUCUGUACCGGAAAAUUAUCAAAAGACAUAUUUGGAGUUUUCACGACGUGGAGCACGUGUUUUGGCGCUGGCAUACAAAGAGUUUGGCACAUUGGAUGCACAAUCGGCGCGUGAAAUCAAACGGGAAGAUGUGGAAAAAGAUUUGGAAUUUGCUGGUUUUGUCAUCAUUUCUUGCCCGCUGAAGAGCGAUUCAAAGAGUGCAAUCAAAGAAAUUGUAAAAUCAACACAUAAAGUCGUAAUGAUAACUGGUGAUAAUCCAUUGACCGCAUGCCAUGUAGCAAAGGAACUUCGAUUUACACGCAAAACUAUUUUGGUGUUAAGUCAAGAUAUACAAAACACCGAAGAUGAUAAGCCAAAAUAUAUUUGGAUAUCAAUUAAUGAGGAUCAAGUCGAGCAAAUCGACGGAAAAGCAUGGAAAAGUCUGGUGCAAAAUUAUGAUUUGGCAAUAACUGGCGAGGGACUUCAAUAUUUGUGUGACUAUCAAUAUCAAUAUUUCCAAAAAAUUGCACCUUAUAUUACUGUUUAUGCUCGAUUUGCGCCUAAACAAAAGGAAUUUAUCAUCACAACGCUGAAGUCACUUGGUUACUUUACGUUGAUGUGUGGCGAUGGCACAAAUGAUGUGGGUGCACUGAAACAUGCUCAUGUUGGUGUUUCAAUUUUAAGUAAUGCAUCAAUAAAGAAGAGAAAAGUAAAGCCAGACAAUGCCCUAUCGUUGUCUUCAGGUUCAAUUAUACCACCAGCCGGUGGUAAUACCGCCGCACAGAAUCGCAUUCGUGGAGCAAAUGAUCGAUCUGCAUCGUCGAUGACACCACGGGAACGUGCAAUUGCCAAACAUCGUGAACAAUCACAAGCGCUCAUAAAUAAAGCCCUAAAAGAUAUCGAAGAAGAUCAAGUUCAAAUUGUAAAAUUGGGCGACGCAUCCAUUGCCGCUCCAUUUACAAGCAAAACAUCAUCGAUAAAUUGUGUGACAAACAUCAUUAAACAAGGCCGAUGCACGCUCGUCACAACACUACAAAUGUUUAAGAUAUUGGCUUUAAAUGCGCUCAUUUCAGCCUAUUGCCAAUCGGUUUUAUACAUUGAUGGUUUCAAAUUCAGUGAUACGCAAGCAACGCUUCAAGGCAUCUUUAUUGCAGCGUGCUUUUUAUUCAUAAUUAAAUCAAAACCAUUGAAAGUUCUAUCGAAAGAAGCGCCAUUGCCAAAUAUUUUCAAUUUGUAUACGAUUUCAUCGAUUUUACUUCAGUUUGCCGUUCAUUUUACCGCUUUAGUCUAUCUAACGUCUGAGGCAACCGCUCGCAGUCCACCAAGAGAAGGUAAAGUGAAACUAAACAUUGAUCUGGCACCAGGCGAAGAAGAGGAAGCAUUCAAAGCAAAUAUCAUCAAUAGCACGGUGUUUAUCAUUUGCUUUGCAUUACAAGUGUCGACAUUCGCUGUCAACCAUAAGGGCCAUCCCUUCAUGGAAAGAUUACGCGAAAAUAAAUUCUUAAUGUAUACGAUAGCAGUAUCGAGUGCAGUCAUCGUUGCACUCAGUUUUGGUCUAUCCAGUUCAUUGAAUGAAACAUUCGAGAUUGUCGAAUUUCCCGAAGAAUUUAAACAGAUUUUAGUACGAGUUCUCAUUGCGGAUACUGUACUGGCUUUUGCUGUCGAUCGAAUUUGUUCAUUUCUAUUCGGAUCUAUUCGCAGAUCAGAUAUAUUAUCGGACUAAUCCAUUCCAUUGAAGAACGUGUUUUAUCCAGAAAUUAAACAUUUUAUUUAUGUAUUUUUUCAUUCGAUUGUGUGCAUUGAAAUAUGUAUUUUUUUGAUUUAGACAACUAAAAUAAAGAUGAAUAAAUCAAAGAGAAAUCAUUACUUCAACUUUGUUGACAA